AGCUUGGCCGCAGCCACCGCCCCUGCCUCUCCCUGUCCGAGACCCCUCCGCUACAAUGAAAGCUGCCAUCUUCCUGCCCUCCCCCGACCUCCGAUGCUCCCUGCUGCUUUUGAUAACUUGGAUUUUUACUCCAAUAACAGCUGAAAUAGCAAGUCUUGAUAGUGGAAAUAUAGAUGAAAUUUUAAACAAUGCAGAUGUUGCCUUAGUUAAUUUUUAUGCUGACUGGUGUCGAUUCAGCCAGAUGUUGCAUCCAAUUUUUGAGGAAGCCUCCAAUGUCAUUAAGGAAGAAUAUCCAAAUAAGAAUCAAGUAGUGUUUGCCCGAGUAGAUUGUGAUCAGCACUCGAAAAUAGCCCAAAGAUACAGGAUAAGCAAAUAUCCUACCCUAAAACUGUUCCGGAAUGGCAUGAUGAUGAAGAGGGAAUACAGGGGUCACAGAUCAGUGACAGCAAUAGCGAAUUACAUCAGGCAACAAAAAAGCGACCCUACUCAAGAAGUUCAUGACGUGGAAGAAAUCAAAUUUCUUGAUCGCAGUAAAAGAACAAUCAUUGGAUAUUUUGAACAAAAGGACUCUGACAACUAUAGAACUUUUGAAAGAGUAGCAAAUAUUUUGCAUGAUGAUUGUGUCUUCUUUUCUGCAUUUGGGUCUGUUUCAAAACCAGAAAGAUUUAGUGGGGACAACAUAAUCUACAAACCACCAGGGGAACACGCUCCAGAUAUGGUAUACCUAGGAUCUUUAACAAAUUUUGACUUGGCAUAUGCUUGGACUCAAGAUAAAUGUGUUCCUCUUGUUCGGGAAAUAACAUUUGAAAAUGGAGAGGAAUUGACAGAAGGACUGCCUUUUCUCAUACUUUUCCACAUGAAAAAGGAUACAGUGAGUUUAGAUGUAUUCCAAAACAAAGUAGCCCGGCAGUUAAUAAGUGAAAAAGGUACAAUAAACUUUUUACAUGCUGACUGUGAUAAAUUUAGACACCCACUUCUACAUAUACAGAAAACUCCAGCAGAUUGCCCUGUAAUAGCCAUUGACAGCUUCAGGUGCAUGUCUGUCUUUCCAGACUUCAAGGAUUUAUCGAUUCCAAACAAGCUUAAGCAGUUUGUAUUAGACUUGCAUUCAGGAAAAUUGCACAGAGAAUUUCAUCAUGGUCCUGACCCCACUGAUGUUGCCCCUGGACAGCACGUUCAAGACGUAGCAAGCAGUCCACCAGAGAGCUCCUUUCAAAAACUAGCACCCAGCGAAUAUAGGUAUACCUUAUUGAGGGAUCGAGAUGAGCUUUAAAAACUUGAACAAAAAAUUGCAAGCCUUUCAAACAACAGCAUCAACUUAUGUGGUGGAAAUAGUAAACCUAUAUUUUCAUAAUUCUAUGUGUAUUUUUAUUUUAAAUAAACUGAAAGAAAGGUUUGGGUUUUUAAUUCCCCUGACUCAAAUUAUAUGGUUUGGUGAGUCAUCAAAUAUAACUUCUCUUUUUAAAGUCCUAUUAAUAUUUAAUAAGAACAAUGCAUCAGAGGCCCAUCUUCACUUUGGAUCUAAUCCUGACCUCCAAAAUGUUCAUAAAUCCAAUGGAAGUAAUAUUGCCAGAGACAACAUGUUGUUAACUUUCACUGCUCCAUUAAAUCCGAAUUGGGAUGUUUUCUGUGUAA